ACCGUGCCCAACCCCGUUUGCCUGGAUCCACCCCAGCGCUCAGUACGGCGCCCGGCGCGGAGUAAGCGCUCGACCGGCACCGUCGCCGUCUACAGAGGCUGGCUCGCUCUCCGAGGUGCGAUGGGGUCAUCUCUGGCCACCCAGUGUCGCCCUCCCGUCACGAGAGUGUGGGUGGACGCAGGGGGAGGGGCGGGACGGGGUGAGCGACCCGCCCCGCCACGCGUCCAGAGGGAGCCGGCCGGACCAGGGCGGCGGGUGACCCCAUGGAGCCGUGGCGGGCGUUGAGGCCGGUUGGCCGGGAGGCGGGCCCGCGGCUGCUGCUGGCGCUCUUCGGGCUGUGGUUCUACUUCUGGAGGGGCAGGAUUGUCCUCUGGACGGUCAGGUCCCUGCUCCGUCAGCUACGAUUCCAGAGGUCCUCGCCUUGGCACCCCAGGACCUGCCCCACCGUGCUGACCGGCAUGACCGCCGUGGUCACCGGGGCCAACUCGGGCCUCGGGAAGCAGGUGGCGCUGGAGCUGGUCCGGCGCGGGGCCCGGGUGGUCCUGGCCUGCCGAGACCUGACGCGGGGCCAGGAGGCCCUGGACGACAUCCGGGCGGCCACGGGGUGCGGUCCGCAGCGCCUGCUCCUCCGGGAGGUGGACCUCAGCUCCCUGGCCUCCGUCCGAGCCUUCGCCGCCCGCCUCCUGGCCGAGCUGCCUGAGAUCCACCUGCUCGUCAACAACGCCGGCAUCCCAGGACUCCCGGCCAGGACACCAGAUGGUCUGAACGUCACCUUGGCCACUAACUACCUGGGACCAUUUCUCCUUACCAACCUGCUGCUGAGGCCUCCGCUAAGCGCUUCAGAGGUAGCGGGGACCGUAUUGAGCACCGGGAUAGAUACAGGAGGGUCUGCAGCGGGCGGGCUCCGCCCGCAUCGUCAACGUGGCCUCUUUCCGGCACAAGUUCGGCUUCGUGGACGAGGAGCACCUGAGCCGGGGAGGCGUCCAGCUGACCACCUCGCAGUCCUACGACUGCAGCAAACUGCUUCUGGUCGCUUUCACUGCCGAGCUCGGCCGGCACCUGCAGGGCACAGGCGUCACGGCAAACUCGGUGGACCCGGGCGUGGUGGUGACCAACAUCACAAAAAACCUUUCCAGGACCUGGAGGCUGUCCUUCCAGCUGCUGAGACCCUUAUUCAAAAGUCCCGCCCAGGGCGCCCGGAGCAUCUUGUACUGCUGCUUGGCCCAGGAGGUCGAGGGGGUGACCGGCAAAUACUUCGCCAACGACUGCACCCUGCAGCUGCCCGCCGCCCCCGCCUGCGACCCCGCCCUCGCCCGCAGCAUCUGGUCCAUCUCCUGCCGCCUGACGGGCCUCGGCCCCACGCCGUCUUGAUGGGGCGGUCGCUCGGGCCGCUGGCCGGACCCCUGGGCCCUCCCGGCUCCCCGGCCCGCCCGUCGGACCCCGCCGUGGAGCAGAGCGUGAAAGAAGAGAAACCCCUCUGGAAUCGCCCAACCUGGCACCCCCGGCGGGGCAAUAAAUGAUACUAGCAAUAAUAA